CAGUGGACGAAACAAAUCGAUUGAUUUAUCCUUUAUUUAAAAAAAUGCGAAAUCGUGUCUUUGCGUUUAUCGUUUCCUUGUGCUUUCUUCUGCUGCCGAUCGACGAGAUAUCGGCGAUCGAAAAUGUGUUAGACGAAUCUACGAAGUAUGAAAAAUCGAUUUUUCCAGGAAAUGAUGAAAAUAAUGGACAAUCAUCGAACGAAGCGUCGAAUAAUUUAUCAGAGGCAGCGGGGCUGAACGAAGAUAGAAGCAAUCGUGACAAGAAUGAGGAAGAAAAGGAGAAAGUCCUGACAAGCGUCGAUGAUGAUAAUUAUGAACCACGAUAUAAGCAAGAAAUCGCGAUUUCUCAUCGUCUGUCUGGUAGAAUUGAUGGGAAAUACACAAGAUAUGAUGCCAAUUCACGGAAGGCGGACGAUUCGGUUCGUCAAGUUCGGUGUUCGGAUUACGUGUUGACGGAGGAAAGAUUGAAAAAGAUCAGAUCCGAGUUCAUGUACUGGUUCUUCGACAGAGGGGGUGACAAUGACAAGGGCGAUUAUCUGAAGGAAAUUCAAGCGUGGACAUCUCAAACGAAUAAGAAUUUCAGUUUUCAAUUGCCCUUCUUCGGAUUCAGAUUCAAUUACACUAGAGUAUCCAUAAACGGUUACUUAGAGUUCACCGACUCUCCACAACAUUACACGUAUCCUCUCGUGUUCCCGGUCAAAUGUUGGCCAAAGGAGAACGAUCCCAGUUUCAUAGGAAUAUUUUUCAGCAAAUGUCGCGUAGGGGAAAUACGGUCGACGGACAGAGAUCAGAGAAAGCCAGGUGUAUACUUUAGAAUCGAACGAGAUUUACGAACGAGGAGAGACCAAUUCGGAGUCGAGAUGCGCGAACGUCUCAAGUGGGACGUUCGCGAAGGUAUGAUCGGUGCCGAAGCUUUCGUGCCGAAACACGCAAUCACCGUCACGUGGAAGAACGUAUCGUUCACGGGUGGUAUCGACAAAUCCCUUUACAUCACCAACACUUUCCAAAUAGUCCUAGCGACCGACGAGGUGAACACGUACGCAAUGUUCAAUUAUCCGGACGUUCAAUGGACCAGUCAUACGGAGGCAGGUGGCGACACCGUGCACGGCGAUGGCGGCAUUUCAGCAUUCAUUGGUUUCAACGCCGGAAAUGGCACAGGAAGCUACGAGUACAAGCCUUACUCUCAAACGCCGCGCAUACGUGAUCUAACCAGAGCAGGAUGGGUAAAUGGUUUUCCAGGACGACACAUGUUUAAGAUAGACGAAAAAAUAAUUCCUGCAAUUUGCAGUUAAUAUAUUAUAUAUUAUAAAGUUAUAAAAUUGAGAGAGCAACCAUUACCAUUA